AUGGAAGAAAUACGCAAAAAGGUAGAACAUCUGAGGGAAAAUAUUAAACAAAUUAAUAAGAAAAUUCAGCAAUUUGAUGCAAAAAAGAAUGUACAACAAAUUCUUUUAAAAAAUGGAAAAGAAAAAGAAAAGCUUAGUGACUUAUUAUUUUUAGUACAGUAUUCAUUGAAAUAUAAAAAUCUUUGCAAAUGGCCCAACUAUAAUGAUUUAUUUGUAAUCAACUACAAUAUAAAUGAUAAUUUUAAAUCAAUAAUUCAGAAGCAUGAGAAAUUUUUUCACCAAUAUAAAAAUUUUACACCUCCUGAAGGGGAAGUUAGCACCAUCGCUCCGAACCCAGACAAGUAUUCCUUUCAAAUCGGGAACAAUGAAAAAAAUGCCACAACAAUCUCCACAAAAAUCGUCACAACAAAUGAUAAUAACGACAUAAACUCUCCCCACACAAGGGAAAAUAAAAUAAACGAUAAUUCUACAAAAGAUGUAGAAAAUAAGUCUAGCACACAACGUAGUAGCACAAAUAAGAUGGAAAACAUUUAUACGCAAGAGACACAUUUAACAAAAGAGCACUUGGCACAAAAUUCCUUAUCAAAUAAUGCACAGGAAAAAAAAAAAAAAAAAAAAAUUAUUACACAUUUUAAUGAUGAUAUAAGUCAUUAUAACAGAAUUAAGUUGCAAAUUUUUAUGUAUUUUAUGUUAAAUAAUUAUAGAAUUAAAAUAUUAGUUGAUUCCUUAUCUGCUCUGAAUCGUCCAAUCAAUGUUAUAUACAUAAAUUGUCCAAAUAACAAAGAGCAGAAGAAAACAUUUUUUGAAAAAAUUACAGGAUUUUUUACUUCACCUUUCAACGUUAAUGACAUUUUUGUUAAUAAUGAAAGUAAUCAUCAUCCGCAUAGCAAAGAAAAUUGCUCUUGCUCAGAAUUGCAUUCGUUCAACAAUAACAGUAGCAAUAAUAAUAGCAAUCAAAAUAGCAACAACAGUAGCAAUCACAAUAGCAAUCACAAUAGCAACAACAGUAGCAAUCACAAUAGCAAUCACAAUAGCAACAACAGUAGCAAUCACAAUAGCAGUAACAAUAAAAAAAAUUCAAACUAUGUGGGUGGCUAUAAUCCCAUAAGUAACACCAUUUGGCUUUGUUCAAAUAAUAUUAGUAAUUAUUAUAAGCUAAAAUAUAUAUUAACUCAUGAACUUAUACAUGCUUUUGAUUUUGCUAGAGCAAAUAUAGACAUGUAUAAUUGUCACCACAUAGCUUGUUCAGAAAUAAGAGCUUAUAAUAUGAGCAAUCAAUGCAGUUAUUUUAAUAGUAAAUAUUUCGAAACUGACCAUGAUGCUUUUACUUAUUUUAAAAGCCCAUCCAUUUCUGCAACACGAAAAAACAAAUGCAUAUAUAACAAUGUUUAUUCCUCCUUAUAUCAGUAUAAGCCAUGUGUUAAACACACACACACAUUUAUUAAUCACGUUUUCGAAAAGUGCCUCCAUGAUUAUUGGCCUUUCAUGUCCCCACCUGAACAAGACAGUAAGUAUAAGCCGUCCAAAAUUUUUAAAAAGGAUCCUUGA